AUGAAGAAAAGAGCAACCAUAUUGCUAAAUUGGAUGACGAUACCAAGGAAAUCGAACAGAAUGAAUUCUGAUGAUGCUCCUGAACAAAUAGUUUCACAACGUGAUGAUACCCCAAUAUUUGAUAUAUCUGAUAAUGCUUCAAGUUCCGACGUAUGUCAGAAGUUGGAGACUCGUAAAUCAUUGGAAGAUUAG